AUGUCCGGGGACAAAGCCUUCACCUUCCUUCCGCUAGGAGCCAUCAUCCAGGAGUUCAAGGUGAAUGGAAAGAAUAUCGUACAGGGCUUUCCCACCGCGAAGCUGUAUAAAAAGUACAACUUCCCGUACUUUGGCGAGACUAUCGGUCGGAUCGCCAACCGCGUCUCCAAAGCAAAGUUCGAUUUGAACGGUAAGACUUAUCAAUUGCCGGUCAACAAUGGACCAAACUCGCUCCACGGAGGAAAUCUGGGAUGGGGCAAGAGGGAAUUCGAAGGGGCGGUCGAGGUUGAGCGCAACGGCAAGCAGGCAACUUUCUUCAAGUACCUGAGCGCCGAUGGAGAGGAGGGAUAUCCUGGUACGGUCGAAGUCCGGGUCUGGUAUGUGCAAGAGAAGGUGAAAGAGGAUGGUGUCGAGAAGGAAGUGCUCCACAUCGAGUACGAAGCAGAACUGGUUGGAGAUGAGGUACAAGAGACUGCGGUCAAUAUGACCAAUCACAGCUACUUCAUCCUCAGCGAUUCUCCUUCGAUUUCAGGCACCGAGGUCACCUUGAUCACGAACAAGUAUCAGGUAGUGGAUGACGGAGGCAUUCCCACAGGCCCCAUCGAAGCUUAUCCUGGUGUAACCCCAAACAAGGCUUUCACGCUUGGGGAGAAGGAACCAGACAUCGACGACUGCUUCGUCGCUAACCCGGACCCAUCGAGCGUUCCAAUCGAUACGCGAUCCUCCGCACUGCAGAAAGUGGCAUCAUUUUAUCACCCAGAUUCCAAGAUCCAUCUAGAGAUUUUGUCCACGGAGCCGGCCUUCCAGUUCUACACGGGCAAGUACAUCGACGUGCCUGCGGUCGAGAAUCUACCAGCGAGGGGAGCUCGGUCAGGUUUCUGCGUCGAGCCCAGCCGUUACGUCAACGCCAUCAAUGUGCCCGAGUAUAAGGCGAUGAUGAUCCUCAAAAAGGGGGAGAAGUACGGCAGCAAGAUUGCCUAUCGCGGAUGGCAAGCGUAG